AGUAAUCUCACAGUCCCAUGUCACAAAUUAGCUGCAACGUGCAAAAAUGCAGAGUUCUUUGGACACUGAAAAACCCAUUUCAAGUGGAUCCAUAUCAGGGCCAGACUCGGUCGGGUUUCUAAUCGGUCAAAGGGUCCAUUUCGUCGGAGAUACCCACCGGAUCGGAACUGUGAAGUACGUCGGAGCAGUGGAAGGCUAUGGGGGAAACUGGGUCGGUGUUGAUUGGGACAAUGGUGACGGUAAGCAUGAUGGGUCACAUAACGGGGUUCGCUAUUUCGAAGCCCAAGGUCCAAAAUCUGCUUCAUUCGUACGACCGCACAAUCUUAGCUCCGGUUUCCCACUCCUGAAGGCCCUUGAGUUAAGGUAUCAUGGAGAAUCCACUAAAGAAGAAGAAGAUGAGAUGUAUGUUCUUUCUGCGUCAAACAAAAGGGUUUCUAUUGAGCUGCUGGGUAAAGAUAAAAUUCAAAACAAGCUGAGUCAAUUUGAGGAGUUGACAAGUGCAUCACUUGCUUAUUUAGGGGUUAGCUCAGCUGGACCCCCGGGUCAUAUCAAUACGACUAUACCAAGACUAAAGGAGCUUGAUUUGACAGGAAACCUGCUUUCUGAUUGGAGGGAAAUUGCUGCAAUCUGUAAAGAGUUACCAGCUCUUGUAACUCUGAACUUAUCAUACAACAUCAUGUCUCACGAUAUAAGUGGGAUGCCCCUGCUAAAUCACAUCAAUGUUGUUGUUUUGAACCACACCGGUAUAGGCUGGAAACAGGUCGAAAUGCUUAAAGACCCUAUCCCUCUUGUUGAAGAGCUCCAUUUGAUGGGAAAUAAGCUGAGAGGAAUAACGCCAUUAUCUUCAGAUAUUGUUCAUGGAUUUGAUUCUCUCCGUCUUCUCAAUUUGGAGAAUAACUUCAUAGCUGCCUGGGAUGAAAUCUUGAAGCUGUCACAGUUAAAAAGAUUGGAACAGCUCUUUUUGAAUAACAACUGUAUCAGUCAUAUCUGGUACCCUGAUCAUAAUCCAUUAUCUGAACCACCCAACAGUCAUGAACUUCUUGGGGAAAGCUUUAGGCCUUUCCAGAAUCUUCGUUGCCUUCUUGUGGGAGGGAACAAAAUUGAAGACUUUUCUUCUAUUGAUACUCUUAAUCUUUUUCCUAAUUUGUUGGAUAUAAGGCUUUCUGAGAAUCCAAUAGUUGAUCCAAGAAAAGGUGGUGUCCCCCGGUUUGUUUUGAUUGCUCGUCUUGCAAAAGUUGAAAUUUUAAAUGGAAGCCAGGUUAGUCCUCGAGAGAGGAAAGACUCUGAAAUUCGGUAUGUCCGUUUGGUCAUGUCUAAAUGCCAGGAUAACCCAGAGGAAAUUAAGAAGCUUCACCCCAGAUUUGCAGAGCUGAAAAAAUUUCAUGGGAUUGAGGAUGAAAAGGCUGCAACUGGAGCAACAGGUCCACAAAAAAUGUCAUCGAGUCUCAUUUCUAUUACCCUGAAGUGUGUUGCAGCAUCAAUUGGUGAAAAAGUCCCACUGACUAAAAAGCUGCCGGCAACAACAACAGUUGGCAAGCUGAAAAUCCUAUGUGAGAGUUUCUUCAAGAUAAAAUCUGUUAAACCGAAGUUGUUUCUUCAAGAAGAGGGUUCCCCAUUACCAACACUGCUUGAUGAUGAUAUGGCAUCCUUAAUUGAUUUUGGAGUUGGCAAUGGAUCAACAAUUCUUGUGGAAGAAGAGUGUUAGAAGUCGUUU